AGCAAAAUCAAUGGCAGCUUACGCAGCACUUGUUUCUCUCUUGAAUGAUUUGGAGCUCAUUUCUAAUCAGUAAUCACUCCACCCAUUCCUUUUCUUUUGAAACCAAACAGAUCACAUCUCUUUCCCAAAUCGUCAAUUUCUUACUCGAUUUCCUUGAAACCUCUGAUUCUCACGGAGAAGCUGCACCAUCAUUAGAGAGCCGAAUCACAUCUGCGGCUUAUAUAGCUCACGAUGUUGUCGAAUCACACAUAGUCGACCAAAUCCAAGCUGGAUCUACCAUUGGUGGUGGUAAAUCAAGGCUUAGUUAUUUCUUGCUUGAUCUACAGAAAGCAAUUGACGGAUUGAAUUUUGUCAAGAGGAAGGUGAUGCGGUUCAAAGCGAAAAGUGACUCGAAAGAAGCGUAUUCAGCAGCACAUAAUUCAUCAGCGCCUCUGACCUCAGGGAAGAAUCACAUGGUGGGAUGUGAUGAUGUUGUUCUUAGGCUUGUGGAAAUGCACGUUGGAGAACCUUCCAGCCGGCGAGUCAUCCCCAUCGUUGGCAUGGGGGGAAUGGGAUUAUAGUGUGGAAAAUAUUCUUGUUCAACUUUUGUUUGGAGAAAAUUCCACCACUGGUGGAAAUUUUUGGGAAUUGGGAGAAGAGUUGCUUAAGAUGUUACGGGGUGGAAGGUAUUUAGUUGUGUUGGAUGAUAUGUGGAGUAUUGAAGUUUGGGAGGAGAUACACAUGUUUUUGCUGGAUAAUGGCGUUGGAAGUUGUGUUAUUGUAACUACACGGCUGUUAAACUUGGCCACUUGUCUAAGCCUUCCCCUUUCAAGAUGAGGUUUUUAGAUAAUGAUAAAAGUUGGGAGCUGUUUUGUGGGAAGGUGUUUGGAGAAGAAGAUUGCCCUGUUGAACUAGAGGAGAUUGGGAAAAAAGAUAGUGAAAAGAUGCCAAGGACUCCCACUGUCAAUUGUUGUAAUUGGGGGGCAUCUUCAAAAGUCAUCUAGGGAGAUUGAAUACUCGGAGAAAGUUGCCAGUUUCAUAACCAAUUUCGAAUGUAGAGGCGGAUGCCGAUGAUCAAUGCUUGAAAAUAAUAAAUUUGAGUUAUAAGCACCUCCCUGCUUGUCUAAAACCAUGUUUUGUGAUAUGGGGUGUUUCCGUGGACGUGUAAGGAUAACAGCUUAUGAGCUUGUGAGGUUUUGGGUUGCUGAGGGAUUUGUGAAACCAAGGGAAGGCCUUAGUUUGGAGGAGGUAGCUGAUAAUUAUCUGAAAGAUCUCAUCGACGGGAAUCUCGUUUUGCUAUAUUUAACUAGGUGGAAUGGAAAAGUGAAAUAUUGUAGUAUUCACGAUACAGUGAGAGAGUUGUGCAUGAAGAUAGGAAAGAAAGAUAAGUUUAUGUGUGUACAGUGUGCCUGAAGAUGCCACACAAGUCGUAGGCAUACAGAGGGAGGAGCGUCGCAUUGUGCUUACUGAGAGGAAGAAACAACGUGACCGUCACAUCACCGCUGCUCUAAAAUCAACACCACUGCUCCGUUCUCUUAUACACCAUCAAGGGUGGUUUUACUCUGAUGAGUUGUCAAGAUUACUGAGCUAUCGGCUAAUUUCCAUAAGGUGUUGAAGAAUGGUGAAGAAUAUUUCCCAGGUGCUAAUUUUCAGCAAGUGAACUUACGAUGUUUUGCUUUCUCUUGUUACGUACCCACUACAAUGACACUCUUUAAUCGGACA